AUGGCAAGCCCAAUUGCGCUGCGGUCCUCCUCAGGCCGGAUACUCCAGGCCUGCACCCCCUCCAGAACAUCAUUGAUCGGCAAGGCCUCCUCAGCACCUCGAGCCACCGCCCACUUCUCAACGACCGCACCACAAUGCAAGCGCAAGACCAAGGACAACAACCCGAAGCGUGGCGUGAGUAGCCUGUACGGCUCGGGCCCUCGCGAGCCUCUCUCCAUGUCCAACGUUCCCCUGCCCAAACCCCGCGACUUCAAGCCCGAGGUCAAGGUCGACCCUAACCAUGGGCUCUGGGGCUUCUUCCCCGCGCCGGGCAAGUUGCUGUGGACGCCCAAGGAGACAGAGGAGCACGGACGAGCAUGGACAGUCGAGGAGCUGCGAAAGAAGUCUUGGGAGGACCUGCAUGCCCUGUGGUGGGUCAUGAAGACGCAACGAGCCAUCAAGCAUGCGUUGACGGAGCGAUUCUAUACUUGGCAGGAUGCCGUCGAGAUUGCUGCGAAUGACCCCGAAAUCAACCUGAAGGGAGCCAAGGGCAAAACUUACACACCCGCUGCGUACGAGGAUGAGGCUGAGACUGUACAAUGGACACAACCAGAGAUGGAGGCGGAUGUCGAGGCUGCUAAAGAUACCAAGGACAGCCUUCCAGUGGAGGCUGUUGCAGCGGAGGCGCAACAGGGCAAGACAGAGAAGCCAUCGGAACGAUAA